UUAUUGUGAUCUCAUUUCCUAUUGAGAUACACACCAUUUGUGUUAUUUACAAAACCAUGGCAAUGUGUCUAAUAUUUGCAGCAUGUGUAUUGAUUUUGACAGCACUUUGGAUAUAUAUAGGAAAAGACUGGUCAUUUAGCUUUCUUGCAAAUGCUAUGUUUUUUCCAACACUUUUCCUGCCAUUGUUUGUGGACAACUACGUUGAUUUUAUCAUAACCAUUACAGGAAUAAACGAGAUACGAAAGUCACUGUUAUAUUCCUGUGUUGCUAUAAUAGCGGUGUAUAUAUUGGUAUAUGGAUGUGUUGCUUUAAAUAUAUCGCUGUCUUGGGCAACAAAAGUAGAUAACACUAAUCAAAACAAUGCAAUCCAUGAACAUAAUUCUGAUAUAAUGAGAGGGUUUCUAAGAGCUGCUGGUGAGGAGAUUGGAUGGAGAUGUUACCUGCUCCCCUGUCUUCUUUCAAUUUAUUCACCACUUUCAGCAUUAUUAAUCAGUGGUAUUGUUUGGGGCCUUUUUCAUGUGCCAGUUAUGAUUCUAUUGACAUACAAGCUGAAAGUACCAAGACCGUACUUAACAAUAUUUGUACAAUCUCUGUCGUGUGUUCUGAUGGCUUUUCUGAUUGGAUGGGUAGCGGUUAAGUCCAAAUAUUCCUUAUGGGCUUGUUCUAUCAUGCACUGUGUCUGGAACAGAGUAAAUCCUAGAAUAUUGGGAAGUAUAUAUACGCACACAUCGGGAGAAUAUAGAGGAGAACAGUGGAAAAUCAACGGCGAAGGACUUGCUGGGUGCCUUGUAUUUUUGCCUGUAGCAAUAUUAUGUGUAUAUGACCUUAACUUUACCAUGCUAUGAGUUUGUAUGACGAUUAUAACAUCAACGAACUAUUUUGUUAUUAAAUUAACUUUCAUUGAAUUAAUUUUAAUGAUUGCUCAUCAGACUA